UGGCUUUGCGUUUGGCCGGAGCAAGGAGUUGCGUAGCCAGGCAAAUACAAAUUUGCCCUCGUUUCAAAAAAGAAAGAAAAUCGAGCCCAGUCAUAAGUCUGUGGCACAGACUGAAGGAGCAUUGAUUUGAAGACAUGGCGGACGACAAGGACCCCUUGAGACAGCUGAAGGACCUGGCAGAGCUUAAGGACCAGCUAGAGGACAUUCAGCGGCGUGUGGAGAAGGAAGUACAGGCUGGGAUCCCACAGGGUGGCAGUGUGCUGGCCUCUCCUUUCCUUAAGGGCUUCUUGGCAGGGUAUAUCGUGUCUAGGCUGCGAUCCUCCGCGGUUUUGGGCGUGAUCCUUGGGACUUGCACAGGCGUCUUUGCAGCUCAAAACUUUGGAGUGCCCAACAUCGAGCAAACCCUGAAAGACUUUUUCAACUCUCUAAAAGGACCCGGCAAAUAGCAGCCCUGGUUCUGGGGGAGAAGAUGGAUCACUGAACCAAUAAACCACCCCCUUGCCCCCUCAAAAAGAUCAAUUGAAUUACCCCACUCCAAAGCCUUCAAUUUUAGAUUGCAAAAUGGUACUGAACUCAGAAAAAUGAUAUGUGUGUUUGUGAGGAGAAAUGUAGGAAAAACCAACAUGGUUGCUUGAAUUAUGCAUCACAUCUUUACAAUCAUCUCUUGCAAUGUGUGCAAUACUCAUGGAGGGACUUAUAUUUUGUAUAUUAACUGGAAAGAUAACAUUGUUCCUUUUAUGCAAUGGGUUCUUUGUAGGGGGGAGGUUUUAUUUUCCUCAGGACAGCUUUCUAUUUAGUCUUGCUUGUAGAUCAACCAUCUAACCUUGUUAUUAUACCCAAAUGAUAUUUAUAACAUACUGUAGUACCCAUAUGUUAAACAUGACUAUGAUAAUAUUAUGUCAAUAUCUACUAAUCUGUCCCUAGCAAGUUCUCUGCCUAUGUUCUGACUUUUAGGUCACUGUAAACCCAUAUUGACCUGCUCCUAGUAUACCAGUCUUUAGUGUCUGCUUGAUAGUUCUGUACACUGAGUACAUCACAAUGCAGUCUAUAUAAUGGUACACAGGGACCUCUACAGGGGAACUAUCGACCUGCAGUUUGCAUCCAUGUUGGUCAGGUGGUCCUGGCAGGGGUUCCUGUGAUUUAGCAAAGUAAAUCCGUAUACCAACUGAUAUAACCCUGGACAUCUGGAUCAGGCAUUGCAAUUAUAUUAAUGUCCAGUACUGCCUUCUCAGCCAGGACGUACUACAUGGGACAAGUUUCAGAUUUACCACAAUACUUGUUUACUAGGCCCAAUCUUGAGCCAUGCACUAUUAGAUGAAUGAUAUUGUCCUUAGAGAGUGGGUUGUAGUCUCCUAGCUCAGGGGUUUUUCAAACCUCGCUUCUGGGACCCCCAGCCAUUCCAUGUAUUUUAAAUAUUCCACACCUGGUUCAACUAAUCAUCAAGCCAUUGAAUCGGUGAAUCAGAAUCAGGUGAGUUAUUUCAGGGCUACAUUUAGAAACUUCUCGGGAUCCCCGAGGAGAGGUUUGAAAACCACUGCCAUUAUCACCAGACUGACAGAUGUUGGAGAGCCUAAUGGAAUGAGAUGCGUCACUGUUAUUAAUGUUCUCAACAUUAACAUGCAAUCUAAAAAACUGUCAGGAACAGUGAAAUGAGAAGUCACCAACACCAGAGCAUUUAUAAUUGGUUUUCCUUUUUUUCCCCCAUACAUGACGUUUGCUAUGUCAGGUGAUGUAUGUUAGUCUGUUCUUGUAGUGACAAAAUGGAGUGGUGCAUUUUCUUUUGCUUUGGUUUGUACACUUGAAAUGGUAUGAAACUUCAAUUAUAUGGCAGCCCUUUAAAUAAAGUGUUUCAUUUCAGUGGCA